CGUCCCUUUGAUCGACAGGCAGCACCAUGGAGGGGUUGGCGGCGGCGGGCGGCGCGGCCGAGGCCGAGGCCGAGGAGCGGGAGCUGUCGCGGAUGAUGGCGGCGGAGCAGCAGAAGGCGCAGUUCCAGCUGAGGGUGCACGGCUUCACCGACGUGUGCUGGGAGAAGUGCGUGGACAAGCCGGGCUCCCGGCUCGACUCGCGGACCGAGAGCUGCCUGGUCAGCUGCGUGGAGCGCUUCGUGGACACCACGCUGGCCGUCACCGGCCGCUUCGCCCAGAUGGUGCAGAAGGGCGGACACUGACCGGCCGGCCGGACACCGACCCUCCGGCCACACACCGACCCUUCGACCACACACACCGACCAGCGGCCACACACCGGCCGGCCGGACACCGACCAGCGGCCACACACUGACCCUCCGGCCGGCCGGACACCGACCAGCGGCCACACACUGACCCUCCGGCCAGCCGGACACCGACCCUCCGGCAGGACACCGGCCGGCCGGACACCGACCCUCCGGCCGCACACUGACCAGCGGCCACACACCGACCUGUGUGCACCAUCCAGCGCCCUGUUGCAACCGAGUGGCCGGCUUGGAACUCGUGUUAACGCGGAUUGAAGGUUGUCCCCCCCCAAGGUCAUCUCACCGACUUCCCAGCCCGCCGUGUGUGUGCGCAACGCCUGCAGAUCGUGCAAGUCGCUGUGUACAUUGAAAUCCCAUUAAACUCCUUGUUUCCUGAA